AUGGGGACCCCAUUAACCUCCGAAGCAAAUUCUUUGGAGAGAUUGCUUGAAGAGGAUAAGCUUGUUCUUGAUGGAUUUACUAGAGGUUGUUUUGCAGAGACACCUCUGCACAUAUCUGCCAUGCUUGGACACUUGGAAUUUAAAAGAAAUAUUUCAAGUCAAACACCUGUAUUUGCUAAAGAACUAGAUUUCCGCAGAAUAUCUCCGCUUCUCUUGGCAACAGCAAAUGGGCACCUUGAAGUAGUAAAAGCACUGUUACUGGUCAACCCUGACAUGUGCUAUGCUCAAGAUGGAUAUGGCCAGAGCCCACUUCAUAUUGCAGUGAUCAAAGGCCGAGUUGAUGUCUUGAAAGAAUUGGUUCAAACUAAACCUGAGGCCGUUCUUCUCCGGACUGAACGAGGUGAGACCAUCGUGCAUCUAUGUGUUAAACACUACCAGAUAGAUGCUUUGGAAUUUCUGGUAGAGACAAACAAAGAAAGUGGAUUUAUCAAUUCUAAGAAUGAGGAUGGCUCAACUGUCCUGCACCUAGCAUUAGCCGAUAGAGAAAUUGAGGUAUGA